GGGCUGGCAGGCUGUGGGGGGAAUGGGACACGAGGCUUUUCCCCCCAGGACCCCAGAUCUGUAUCGUGCUUCCCCCACAGCCGGCGCUUUCCUCAUCUCCACCGACCCCUCCCCGGUGACGGCGCUCCUGGGCUCCGACGUGCUCCUGACAUGCAGCUUCCCCGCGGCCCCGCAUGGGGCAGACGAGGGGGCCGGGCAGCUGCGGAUGACCUGGUACUUCCAGGGCCAGACGCUGAUGGAGCUGGACGGCAUCGCGGUCACCACGAGGAAGGGGGCAGAGCUCUUUGCCCCAGAGCUGCCCAGGGGCAACGCUUCGCUCCUCCUGCCCCGCGUCACGCUGGCCGACCAGGGCCCCUACCGCUGCUCCGUGCGCUACGGGGGGCGGCGCGGAGAGGGCAGCGUCCGCUUACAGGUGGCAGCGCUGCCGCGGGUCGAGGUGCCCAGCCCCGUGGUGCAGAGGGACGAGGACAGCGCCCUGGUGUGCUGCGUGCGGGGGUUUUACCCCCAGCACAUCGCAGUGUCCUGGCUCCGGGACGGGCAGGAGCUAAACGCCUCCUUCAUCUCUGCCGCGCGCCGGGGGCACCGGGACGGGACCUUCAGCCUGGUGACCGUCUACAGCUUCACCCCCACGGAGCGGGAUCUGGGGGCGCUGUUCUCCUGCCAGGCACAGCACCCCCUGCUGAACGCCCCGCUGGGCUCUGGGGCGCUGCUGAAAUGCCGGUUCAGCAUUGGGGAGCAGAUCGACCUGAGCUCCCUGCGGGUUCAGUGGCAUUUCUCAGGGCGCCGGAUACUGGAGUACCCCCCGGGGCAGGGGGAUCCCCAGCCCGGAGCCAGCAUCUCGGAGCAGGAGCUAAGGAAUGGGAACGCCUCGCUGUCGCUGGCCAGAGUGACGCUGUUUGACCAGGGGCCGUAUAAAUGUGUCGUUGGGUACGGCGUGGAGGAGCUGCACAGUGAGACGAUCCUCAGCGUGGCCGCGGCUCCGAGAAUCUCCAUCCCCCGGCAAUUGGCCAGGACAGACACUGAGAGCUUUUUCCUGUGCCACGUGUGGGGAUUCUACCCCGGGGACGUCACCGUCACGUUGCUGAGAGAUGGGCGGGUUCUGACCCACUCCACCUGCUCUGCCCCCCAGAGGAACCCAGACGGGACAUUUAACCUCACCCUGACCUACACCUUCACCCCCAGCGCGAGCGACUCCGGCAGCAUCUUCUCCUGUCACGUCAGCCACGUGGCUCUGGCCCAGCCCCUGCGGGAGGAGUUCCCCCUGGCUGUCACAG